UUUGUGAAAAUUUAGAAAAUAAAAUUUUAUUUUUCUUUUCGUGAACAUCUAUAAAACCAAGUUUCAGAAAAAUGUGUGGCCCAUGCGGAGGUUGUGGUCCUUGCGGAGGUUGCGGUCCAUGCGGCCCCUGUAAUCAUUGGCCAUGCUGCGGCCCUCACAGCCCGCCGUGCGGGGCACCUUCGCCAAUCCCAUGCUCGCCUGCGCCAGGCGUUUGCUGUCCGCCGUUGCCCGAAGGUGGUAUUCCCGACCCACGUGUCUGGAAUUGUUGGAAUACACCACCUACCUAUCCAUGUGGAUUUUGAUAAAUCGACUUCGGGGCCGAGCGUGGUGAGGGAAACGUUGGAACAGUGUGGGUGCUGUUUAUCUAUAUUUAAACAGGAAAAAUGGGCGAGAUAGCUGUAUUUGUGAAACUCUUGGUUUUAAAAACAUUGGAAGCAAGUUGAGUAUGGAAUAGAAAGUAUACUUAUCAACAGAUCCAACAAGACUGAACUAUUCAAAGAGGACUGAGUUUGUACAUGUGCGCCUCGAACAGAAUUUCAUUACCACAAAAUGUAUGGUACACACUAUGUCAGACUUCUAUACAUCGUGGCUCGAGACUCGGUGAGGUUACAAAGAAGAAAUGGCAGAAAUUUGACGAAAGCAAUCACAGCAAACAAAGCUCUUCAUUGAAUUUUAAAUUGUGAA